AUGGCGGGGGCCGUCUUCCAGACCUACACCAGCCGGCCACGCCAGCCACGCGCCCCCGACAGUGCCGCCGCCGCCGUCGUCGCCGGACCCUCGCGGCAGACGUCCCCGACGCAGCUUGAGCUGCAGCCCAUGAUGACGCCGGCCGCGUGGCGCGGCGAGACGGCCUCGCUCCAGGACCGCGAUUCCCCCGUCGUCGCCGCCGCCGCAGCAGCAACCCCGCCGCCGCGCAGGCCGCAGCCGCUCUCGCACGACCUCGUCCUGGAACGGGCCCUGCCGCGCGCAUCCCACUGGUACGGCCUCGCGCAGGCGCUCGCGCGGAGCGUGACACUGAGCCUCGCCCUCGCAGGGCUGGCGAGCGCGCUGUAUCUCGCUGCGCGGUGGCGUGCGAAGCGCGGCGUCGCGGGCGUGGCCAUUGGCGCGAAUGCAGUGGCCAUCAUCAUCGACACCUUCAUGCUGGUCGACCUCAUCCACACGCAGCUGCCGCGCGUCUCGCCGUACGCGAUUGGCGGGCUCGACCUGGUCAUGCUGGCCGCGGCGCUGACGGCGGGCCUGUUUGUCGGGCUGUCGGACCGCGGGUACGAGGACGACCCGGCGCCGUGGCGGCACGUCAUGAUGGUGACGGCGGGGCUGACUUGGGCGACGGCGAGCGUGAGGCUGGUGUAUGUAGUCUGGAGCGUCUUUGACUGCCGACGAGUAAGGAAGACGCGAGAGGAGAUGCGGAGAAAUCUGAGAAAUCUGGUAUGA